CCGGCGUCAAACGUCAAAAUCGAUUUUCUGAAGUUUUUCUGUAAACAAUUGGAAUUUCCUUCAAAAAAUCAAUUAAACCAACUUUUUUGACGCUUUGAAUCAGAUUUUCUCAUCAAAUUACGGAACAAAUCAAUAUUCAACUUACCUCUUUGCAAUAAAACCAAUGGUUCGACAAACGAAUAUUAUGCGUCGUGCAGGUGCUGGAGGCCCUCGAGGUCCCUACAAAAAGCCCGUGUUCGUUCCUCGUCAUCCUUUCGACACGGUAAUUGCCGAACCCUUCUUUCCUCGUGUCGAAUCCGCUCCUGAUGAUUCUGCCUUGACGAAUUGUUUGGUCAAGAAAAAUCAGGAUUUAACUCCGUCAGCGCAGGAACAAACUUCCAUUGCGAAUCUCGUCUCAAAAGUUCAGAGCGUCAUGGAUAAUUUGGUUGUAGCGCCGGGCGAAACGGGAAUCGCCUUGGAAGAAGUUCGUCAAGUUGGAAGUUGGAAAAAGGGAACGAUGCUUGCGGGUCACAAUGUUGCCGAUAUUGUUGUGAUUUUGAAGGCACUUCCAACGAAAGAUGUUUGCGAGACGUUGUCGAAGAAAGUCGAUGAAGAACUUAAAAACGCAAUGAAAACGGAAGUUGUCACAAAAGCUGAUGCCUUGAGCAUUUCCGUUAAUGAACGCGGAUUUGAUAUCGCGAAUUGGCAAGCGCGAGUUCGAGUUCUUAUUACUACUGUUCCGCAGAAUUUGAGAAAAGCUGAUGUUACGGAGAAUCAUUUGGAUUAUAAAGUGAUGCAAAGUCAUCUCGCAGCAAUUCGUCACACAAGAUGGUUUGAGGAAAAUGCUCAACAUAGCUCCAUUAAAGUAUUAAUUCGCAUUUUGCGCGAUAUCACAAAGAGAUUUGAUGGGUUUGAGCCUUUGAAUCCAUGGAUUAUUGAUUUGUUGGCACAUUCGGCAAUUAUGAACAAUCCUUCGCGUCAAGCAUUGCCCAUUAAUCAAGCAUUCCGACGAGUUUUUCAACUUCUCGCUUCGGGACUUUUCCUUCCAGGAUCCUCGGGCAUCUCAGAUCCAUGCGAAGCGAACCAUAUUCGAGUUCACACAGCGCUCACGUUGGAACAACAAGACGUUUGUUGCAUGACCGCCCAAACUUUGCUGCGAGUUUUAUCGCAUGGCGGUUACAAACGUUUGCUCGGCUUGGAAGGAAACGCCACAAUUGCUAAAGAAAUGUCCGUUUGGGAUGGCGUCGUGAUUUUCCCGCUCGAUAUCGCAUACGAAAAAUCCAACGACAAACCCGAAGACGGCGAAGACGACAUGGAAGAAGAGGCAAAUGAAUCAGAAACUCAAUAAAUUCACGUGAAUUUUUUUUUUCGUAAACACCUUACUCUGACUAACAAAUAAAUUCGUAUCUUAUCAA